CAGCACAGCUUAAAACGACAGCGUUUUUUAUUUGUUUGCCUGCCUCCACUGGAAAAAGUGAACUGAGCUCCGUCCACAAUUUAACACAGUCAACACGCAAGUGACUCGAUUCAGCAAAGUAAGCGAAACGCUUUGGAAAAGAGAAGCUGGUAUAGUUGGUACCAAACUCAAUAAAAAACAAAUCGAAAUCGAAUUCACUGCUUUCACUUUGACGAAGAAACAAAUACCAUGAGUGAAGACACGAAGAAAAGCAACGGCGGAGCUCUUGUCGUGAAAACCGACUCCGAUGAUGGGAAACCCACCCAGCCGGUGUCGCAAUCUGUUAAAAGAAUCAUCAUCAAGAGCGCCGACAUGAAAGACGAAAUGCAACAAGAAGCUGUUGAUAUCGCCAUCGCAGCAUUUGAGAGGAACAAUGUAGAGAAAGAUGUAGCAGAGCGAAUAAAGAAGGAGUUCGACAAGAGACACGGACCCACUUGGCACUGCAUCGUUGGUAGCAAUUUUGGUCAUGGUAUGAGUGCCCUGCAUUUCUGAAGUUGAUCUCCCCCUGCACAACUCCAAAUGCUCAUAUGUCACGCAUGAAACAAACCACUUUGUUUAUUUCUACUUGGAUCAGAAAGCAGUUUUGCUAUUCAAAUCUGGUUAAUGAGGACAGCGAUGUUGAUAAAUAUGGAUGAAAAUGGUGCUGAUGAUGAGUUUAUGUUCAUCAUGUGAGAGUUGAUGUCUGUAUGUAUUAAUCAAGACCUGCUGGCUAGUGAAACCUCUGAAUGGUGAUACUUGUGCUUAACUUGUAUAUUUGUAUCCACUGAAACUUAUCUUGAAACCUCA